AUGCCAGGUAAAGAUAUAUAUUUUUUCAAAUUCAUAGUCAAUAAUCAAGUAUUUUAUAAAUCAAAAUUUUCAUACGCAUUAGUUAACCUUAAACCACUAGUCCCUGGUCAUGUUUUAGUUGUACCAUUAAGAACUUCAGUAUUAAGAUUUGCUGAUUUAACUCCAGAUGAAUCAAUUGAUUAUAUGAAUACAUUACAAUUAGUUCAUAAAUUUAUAUCAAAAAUAUAUAAAGCUGAUUCAUUAAAUAUAGCAAUACAAGAUGGACCUGAAUCUGGUCAACUGAUACCACAUUUACAUACGCAUAUAAUACCGAGAUAUAAAACUGAUGGAUUUGGAGAUUCAAUAUAUAAUAAAUUAGAAGUUGAUGAUUUAGAUGCACAUUAUAAACAAUUCGAAGAAAGAAAACUGAAAUUUAUAAAUAUAACUGAAAAUUCUAAAAGUGAAUUAGAUCAAAAUGAUGAUGCAAGAAAAAAUCGAACUAAUGAAGAAAUGGAAAAAGAAGCUAAACAUUUAAAUGAAGAGAUUGAGAAGUUUAUAAUAGACUCUAAAUUGUAA